AGUGAAAUGACACUCCUUUUGCUGGAAUUAUUAAUAUCUGUUCAUUGUUGUCAUUGGAUUUAUGCACCCAUAUCAUUUAUUACCAUGAUUCAAAUCAAAUGCGGCAGUUUAGACAUGAAAUCAUAAUGAUUGUGUCCCUUAUGUGACACUCUGUCCUCCUCCGGUCCAGUUGGCGGCAGCUGCACGGUGCCGCAUCAGAACAGUGUGUCCCGCACGCCGGCAGCUUAUGAAGGCUUCACCGGUUUAACCUCAAUCGGUUUCAGCGGAAUCGCAGGGGAAAGGGCUAUUGAAGUCGAAAUAUGAUUUAACGCACAGCGUGGCUUUGGUCACUGAAAAUGACAGCGAGCGCUUGCGUAUUCCUGUGUUGAUCGUGUUAUUCGAGAUUAAUUGUCAUCAUUGUACACACACUGAAUAGGUGAAGCUCGAUAUUUCUGAUGGCCGUGUCAGGAGGCGCCCGGCGGAUCCCGAUGGGUGUGCGGACAUUCAGCGAGUUUCUGGAAAUAUACCUAUCAACAGAAAUGACGUACUCAAUGCAAGAGAUGUAUGAUGUGGUAGCCAACGUGGAUGACUACAAACACUUUGUACCGUGGUGUAAAAAGUCCCAGACCAUCAUGAAAAGAGCCGGUCAUGCCAAAGCUCACCUGGAAGUGGGCUUCCCUCCGGUUGUUGAGCGAUACACUUCAAUGAUAAGCCAUGUCCGUCCACAUCUGGUCAAAGCUGUGUGUUCGGACGGUAAACUCUUCAAUCAUUUAGAGACAAUAUGGCGGUUUAGUCCCGGUAUUCCUGGCUAUCCUCGCACAUGCACUGUAGACUUCUCUGUCUCGUUUGAGUUCCGUUCAUUGCUGCAUUCGCAGUUAGCGACUGUGUUUUUCGAUGAGGUGGUGAAGCAGAUGGUGGCGGCGUUUGAGCGGCGAGCGGGCAAACUCUACGGACCCGAGACGAGGAUACCCCGCGAGCUCAUGUUUCACGAGGUCCAUCAAACGUGAGGUGCACCUUCACACGGGACUCACCUGCAUCUGGAACUCCCAAAACUCUUUCAAUGGUUAUCACAUGACAAAUCAGAUCACUAGAUUACAUCGGGAUGGUACGAUAGAUACCAUUUACUUUUAGAAAAAGAUUUCAGUUCAUUUGAGCACCUUAAACGUGUAUCUUUUUUUUGCUUUUUGACUGUGAAUGAAAAUGAAUUGAUUAUUGCAAAGUUAAGUUGAGGUGGAAAACUUUUCACUACGGUUUCAUCUGGUUUACUCAUUCAGUCCUGUUGUGGGUUUAUUGGGGCCAAAUCUGACUUAUUACUGAAGCUGAAAGGAAUAUUGUAGGUGAAGUCUGUCGCACACUGCUGAUUACCACACAAAAUAGUUUCGAUUUGUACCUCAGCUUUUUAAAACCAACAAUAAAUAUGUACAGCACAACCGUUGUUUACUUUCCCCUUGCAUAUGUGCAGCUGUUUAAUAUUUUUAAGGUUUUAAGUCAAUAUUAUUUUCGGUGGUAAUCAACAGCAUGCAAAAGGCACAGAUUAACCCAGAAUAGUCCUUCUAAAAUAACUAGAUAUGAAUUCAAAUUGCUUGAAUUUGAUCACGCUCACAGUGACCUACUUGACUUCCACACUGCACUGAAUUUAUAAUAUUCAUCUCAAGAAGUCACACUCGGAGGUGUGUGACUCCAAACACAACUGUAAAUAUAAUAAAUAUGAAUUAUACAGUUAGAGUGACGUCAAAUAUUUCUCUCACCUAAAUAUUUAUCCUCAUAGACGACAAAAAACUGUGUUUAUAGAAGUAGUGUAUUGUAAUGAAGGAAUUACGAAUUGUAUUUAGCAUGCUUUUGCUUUCUUUGGAUGCGAACUCAGGGCUUUAGAGAAAUUCAGAUGAAAGAAAUAUACAGAUUCGGCCUGUUUUCCCCUAAUAGUGAUCCCAGUGUGUGCCUGUUCAUGUAGACUGUGCCAUUUCUGAUUUGUUGCUACGUUAAUGUUUAAACACUACUGUAUUUGUGUAUUGUUUGUGAUUUCCUGAAAAGCUACAGUAUGAGCUGGCGAAGCUUCAGAUACAAGCAUAGCGGACAUUUUUUGCAACAUUUAUUUUGAGGUUUUAUUUUUAGCCAUUUCAAUGCCUUAUCUAAGUGCUCAUGGCAUUUAUAAAUGACUUCAAAUAACGUAAUUGUCAAGAAUUGUCCAUUGAUCAUUUAUUCGUGCUGUGUCAAACACCUGUCUAAGAGUCUUCCAUGGAAAUAAUGUCACCGUUAGUAGAUUUCUAGGAUUUAUCAUAUAAAGACUUUUGUUAGAUGUCUGUUAAGUGAGAAUGUUUGGUUGAAGAACUGUGAAUAAGAACCAAAAAGAUGAAGUGCUUCAUAAGAGCAAGAAGAGCACAGUUUUAGGAACAAAUUCUCUCUGAAAUUAAUGUUCUGUUCAGUAAAUCUUAAUUCUCUGUC